CGUGUGCAGGAUUUCGUAGGACCUUUCUGGGGGGCCAGUUCGAUUCUGCUGGGACGGCCGCUGCCGCGGUUCUGGCAACGCCGCCCCGUGACCCAAUCCGUGUGCUCGGCUCGCAUUUCGGCCGGGAUUUUGGGGUGUGUUUGGGGUUGGGUUGCUGCGGAAUUCAACUCCAACUCCCCCCCCUGCUAGGGUUCCAUCCGUGGGAUUUUCGCUCGCAUUCUGCGCAGUGAGCGCCUACAGUAGAGUUCCUCCCGUGGGAUUUUGCUCGCAUUCCGCAAGUGCUAGCUGAUCACUACUGCACUAGGAGGGAAAAGGAGCUACCAUGGGCAUUUCAUCCAAGUGGAUCAAAUCACUUGUUGGGAUAAAAAAGCAUGGAAAAGCUCAAAAUGGCGAAAGCAGCAGAGAAAGGAGCUCUGCUGCUCAGGUGCUACACAAACGGAAACAUUCCGUGGAUACUGAAGGCGCCCUUGCAGUUGCCGAACGCACAGUGCAAACUGAACCAUUGGCUAGUGACACCAAUACACAGACAAUUUCAUCUGAGACUGAACUAAAUACAAAGGAGCAUCAGGCUGCAAUAGUUAUUCAAUCAGCCUUUCGAGCAUUCUUGGCUAGGCGAGCUUUACGGGCAUUAAAAGGAUUAGUUAGACUCCAGGCUCUCGUUAGGGGCCAUGCUGUACGAAAGCAAGCAGCAGAAACACUUCAGUGUAUGCAAUCACUAGUAAAGGCUCAAGCUCGUGUCAGAGCAAGACAGGUUUGUAUUGGUUUGGAAGGUCAGGUGCCCCAGAAGAAGGCUCCUGAAAAAAAUGCUCAGGAGGAUCAAGCUCGAGAAAUUGAGGAACGCUGGUGUGGCGGUAUUGGAUCGGCGGAAGAUAUGCAAGCUAAAGUAUUGAAAAAGCAAGAAGCUGCCGCUAAGCGGGAAAGAGCAAUGGCAUAUGCUUUAACGCACCAGCGGCAAGCAGGUUCCAGGAAACAGAAAGCUGCAGAUGUCCAAGGGCCAGAGGCGGAUGAGAACCAGUGGGGGCGGAACUGGGUGGAGAGGUGGGUGGCUGUACGCCCGUGGGAGAACAGGUUACUGGACAGUAAUGCCAAAGAGAAUGUACCGUUUGGCGAUGAUAAGGAGGCCGACGAAAAUGGGGACAGGGAUGUAAACAAGCCAAAAGGAAAAGUUGCGGUUUCGGGCAUUCUGUCAAAUGGUUCAAGCCAGACGAAAGAUGCAAAACACAAGAAGUCACAUUCUGAUGCAAGUGGUUCUUCAUCAGGGCAAUCUGCGGCUGUGCCACCCACCGCUUCUUUGGGAUCAUCUAAGCUGAAACCGAAGCCAUCGGAUCAAACCUCUGAGGAAGUCAGCCCUCAACCGAAGCCGUCGGAUCAAACCUCUGAGGAAGUCAGCCCUCAGCCUACAGAUCCGGCUCCGCGGUCCACAAGUAACCCGAAGGAAAGGCCAGCACAAGUCAAUGCACCAACGAGGAAGCGGCUAUCCCUUCCUAACAACGCAACUGCCAGCGGCGGAGCAAGAAAAGGCCAGGCGAGCAGCAGCGAGAAAACUCGGUCCGUCGGUUCCAAGAACACGGCGAAAGGUGCAUCCAAGUCUGAACCGAAGCAGCGACCGAGCCCCGGUAGCGCAACCGCGAAGCGGGUCCAGGCACAGGCCUGAUCAAUCAAUCCACUCCCUCCCAUUUCAUUCAGAAACUUGUUCAUGGCCAAUGCCCAUCUGUCACGCGUGCCGCUGCAUCAUCAUCAUCUGUGUACAUAAAACCAAGAAAUAAACCACCCUGCAUCUAGAUCGCUGCCACGCAGGCGUUGUCGUAACAUUAUGUCAUGCUUUCCUUCAUGUGCCAUUCUAUAUGUAUGUUUUCGUCGUCAAGCCACUGUUCCGAAGUGGCUCUGCAAGUUGUCUGUCCAUCUAUCCUUCAGUGUGAGAAAAACCAUGCUUCAAUGUUCCAGCAUGGCAUGUUCUCCAGCACUCAGUGGUGGUGGUUGGAACCAUCAACCAUGGACAUCCCCCAUGCAUAUCUCUCACUGCUUCCUUCAUGGAAAGUUCACCCAGAUUCUUCUGGAGGAUUUGUAUA